AUGGCUUUUACAAGGCUGUUGAAGAGGCAGAUGUUGAGGAUCCCCUGUCUUAUCCUCACAGGUAUGCUCCUUUCUUUUGUCAUUUGGGAAACUGCAUUGAACAGGACGUCAUUGCCUGAUCUCAGAAUACCACAGCAGCUCUCUAAUGACCUGCCUGGCUGCUCGGCUAUCUUCAGUGGAAACGUAGAGGGCAAGAAAGACAAAUUAGAAAUGCUUCUGACAUCCAGGAAGAGAAAGUCUCUUUUAUCUGAGGACUUCUACCUUAAUGUGACUCAAGACUGUCCUUCUUACAUUGAAAGGAGAGGUUUCUUUACAGAGCCUCUCAGUGAAGAGGAGAAGGAUUUUCCCAUUGCCUACUCCAUGGUGAUCCAUGAGAAGAUUGAGAUGUUCGAGCGACUUCUACGAGCUGUUUACACUCCGCAGAACAUCUACUGUGUACAUGUGGACCAGAAAUCCCCUAAGGAAUUUCAGAAGGCCGUGGAGGCAAUUACUUCUUGUUUUCCUAAUGUGUUUAUAGCCAGCAGGUUAGAAAGAGUUGUAUAUGCCUCGUGGUCGCGGGUGCAGGCAGACUUGAACUGCAUGAUAGACCUAAUGAACUCACACGUCCAGUGGAGGUACCUGCUAAACACCUGCGGGACAGACUUCCCCAUCAAAACCAAUGGAGAGAUUGUUCAUGCUCUGAAGGCCCUAAACGGGAGAAACAGCAUUGAGUCUGAGACCACCGAGGACUACAAGAAAGGCCGUUGGCAGUAUCAUUACGAUGUGACUAACACUGUCAUCAGGACACAUGUGAAGAAAAGCGACCCACCCAUUAGCAGCCCCAUGUUCCAAGGAAUUGCUUACUUUGUGGUCACAAGAGUCUUUGUGGAACAUGUGAUGCAGGACAAAGAGGUUCAGCAGCUUGUGGAGUGGGAGAGGGACACAUACAGCCCUGAUGAGCACUUGUGGGCCACUCUACAGAGGAUGCCCUCUGUUCCCGGAUCAACACCAGCCCACUCCAAGUACGAUACAUCAGACUUGCAGGCCAUCGCUCGUGUGGUGAAGUGGAGCGAUUUAGAAGGAGAUGUGAAACAUGGAGCCCCGUACUAUCCCUGCACUGGUGUUUACAGAAGAGCAAUUUGUGUGUACGGAGCUGGUGACCUCCCGUGGCUCAUGAGACAACAUCAUCUCUUUGCAAAUAAGUUUGAUCCUCUGGUUGAUGAUGUUGCUAUCAGAUGUCUGGAGUCAGUCCUGUAUCACAAAGCCUUAGGCCAUGACCCACUGCUAACAGAUCAAUAUUCCACCACGUUGUAAAGCUUGUCAUUAUUUAAAAUGUAAAAUAUGAUGUACUUAGGAAACAGUUCGUACCUGGACAGCUAAAUAUGAUAGAAACCAUAUUCAUUGAUUAUUAUAUUGUCAAAGAUUUUCAAUUGAAAUGGCUUUAAAUAUUUCUUAUUCUUGAU